AGUCCCUCCUCCCAGAUCCCCCACUGGGUCAGUGGCUCCUGCAGCCCUGCCAGUUAGGAACAAAUGAGAAGAGCUGCUGAUUUCCCCCCUUGGACGUUCAGAAUCUUCUCACAUAAAUACUGAGGAAGACCCUGCCCCCUGCUCACUUCUCUGGACUUGGCCCUGAGCUGGACCUGGUCUGGGGAGGGAGGCAGGGCGAUGGGGAACCCAUCUACGGUCUGGGCAGCUGUGGGCAUAUGCUGUGCUGCACUCAGCGCCUCUGCCUGGUCAGUGAACAAUUUCCUGAUAACAGGUCCCAAGGCCUACCUGACCUACACGACUAGCGUGGCCUUGGGUGCCCAGAGUGGCAUCGAGGAAUGCAAGUUCCAGUUUGCUUGGGAACGCUGGAACUGCCCUGAAAAUGCUCUUCAGCUCUCUACCCACAAUAGGCUGAGAAGUGCCACCAGAGAGACUUCCUUCAUACAUGCUAUCAGCUCUGCUGGAGUCAUGUACACCAUCACCAAGAACUGCAGCAUGGGUGACUUCGAAAACUGUGGCUGUGAUGGGUCAAAAAAUGGAAAAACAGGAGGCCAUGGCUGGAUCUGGGGAGGCUGCAGUGACAAUGUGGAAUUUGGGGAAAGGAUCUCCAAACUCUUUGUGGACAGUUUGGAGAAGGGGAAGGAUGCCAGAGCCCUGAUGAAUCUUCACAACAACAGAGCCGGCAGACUGGCAGUGAGAGCCACCAUGAAAAGGACCUGCAAAUGUCAUGGCAUCUCUGGGAGCUGCAGCAUACAGACGUGCUGGCUGCAGCUGGCUGACUUCCGGGAGAUGGGAGACUAUCUAAAGGCCAAGUAUGACCAGGCGCUGAAAAUUGAAAUGGAUAAGCGGCAGCUGAGAGCUGGGAACAGCGCCGAGGGCCACUGGGCGCCCGCUGAGGCCUUCCUUCCUAGUGCAGAGGCGGAACUGAUCUUUUUAGAGGAAUCACCAGAUUACUGUACCUGCAAUUCCAGCCUGGGCAUCUAUGGCACAGAGGGUCGUGAGUGCCUACAGAACAGCCACAACACAUCCAGGUGGGAGCGACGUAGCUGUGGGCGCCUAUGCACUGAAUGUGGGCUGCAGGUGGAAGAGAGGAAAACUGAGGUCAUAAGCAGCUGUAACUGCAAAUUCCAGUGGUGCUGUAAGGUCAAGUGUGACCAGUGUAGACAUGUGGUGAGCAAGUAUUACUGCACACGCUCCUCAGGCAGUGCUCAGUCCCUGAGUGAGGGCAGUGCCUGAUAAUACCCCACACAAGUUCACUUGAUUAAUUGCAUCAGUGGAAGGGGAUAUAACUUCUCUCUUAGAGAGAACAGAAUGGAAAGCAAUUGGAAAAUUGCAGUGUUGGUCUGUAGUCCUCGUGAUAUCUGCUACCGGUGGGGAAAUGGAGGCCCAAGAUUCCACAGCAUAUUCCUGGCAGGGCUGAAAUUGGAAUCUGGGCCUCCUGAUUUUGGCAGACCCCUAUUUCAUCUUUCCUGCAAGCUACUGUCCCAUCUCUGUGCCUGUACUUAUGCAGCUUCCUACAGGGAGAGUUUGGUUUGGGGUCCAUAUCUAGAGGGACCUUCAAAGUAUUUGUUCCUUUAAAUUUCAGACCAUGUCCAACCUAGCUGUGCUGCUGGGAAUCAGGAGAAUAGAAGCAAAAAAUGAAAGAGUUCUGUUCAGACUCCUGAAGAGCAGCCUGUGGCUACAAAUCCAUGCUGAUAAAUG